AUGGCCGUCAGCUGGUCAAAUCUCAAAGUUUACGUUAUACAGAAGGAGGAGGAGAGAGAGCUCCGACUCUUCGAACGGGAGAAGAACGAGCUCCAAACUGAGCUGCGCCGGCAGCGGCAGCAGUUUCGUACACUAGGUGUCAAGCUCGACGAGAAGCGGAGCACCUCCGACUGCGAUGGCCUGUACAAGGGCGAGAGGUACUUCCGCUGUCAACCGGGCCAUGGUAUCUACCAGGCAGUGGAGGAAGUGGAACUGGUUCCACCGGAGAUGGCCGACGAGGAUGUGCGCCAGCUGGCCAUGUCCCCGGCUCCGGAUGCCGAGACCUUCAACUUAGAGAUGGAGUUGGAGCAGCUCAUCGGCCUCCGCGACGUCAAGGAGUCGAUUCGCCAUUCCAGGAAUUACAUCGAGGUCCAGCGGCGGCGCAGCGCAGUGACGGGCGACCAGAGCGCCCGGCCUCUGCACUUCGCCUUCAUGCAGGGCACACCAGGCUCGGGUGCCGGCAAGGUCGCCCAAGUCCUCGGCGGUAUGCUUCUCAAGCCCGUCGCUCAGACGCGUCGAGUAAGCAUAGCCCUACCAAAGAAGAAUUUCUCCUCUCUACCUUUAUCAAGGACGUUAGCUGUCCUGGUGCCAGGGAACUCAGACAAGAAGGGUCGAGAACAGGAGGACGAAGCUAAAGGCUUCAAUGGUGAUGCCAAUCGUGGCGACCACGACGACAAUGCUGAUGCUGAUGGCGUGGCCUAUCCUCAGCAGGUGAUGACGACCAUUGUCCGGGAUGCGACGGCCGUGACGAUUUUGAUGUUUGGUGGAGACGAAGAUCAAGAAGAUUGUUCGGCCAAGGCCGCCGAAGGCGGUGUGCUGCUGGUGGUGGGUGCCGAUGCGCUGAAGCCCGGGAACUUGGACCGUAUCGGCGAAGAGGCACUCCAGGCGCUCACCAAACUCCUGGAGGGUGCCUCGGCGACGGUGGAGUGGCCGCAGAGGCUGUGCAUCGUCGUUGCCGGCCGGAGGAAUCAGCUCACCCAGCUGCUGGAGACGCCUGGAGUCGGUCCGUGCAUCUUCGCCAAGUUUGAGUUCUCGGAUCUCACGGCGGCGGAGGUUGCCCAAAUCCUGAGGCAUCUCGUCGAGUCCAACAAGUUUCAACUCAGUCCCGACCUGACGGACGAAAAGCUGGAGACCCUCGUCCGGCGCCGCUUGGCGCGCGAGCGGAUGCCCAGCUUUCGUCACACAGCAGUGGGUGAGGAUGGCGGCUAUCCUUAUGCUGAGCUGUAUUGCGGCCUGGGAGCACUCUUUACGCAUUUCCUGAACGGCGUCACUGAACCUCUGUGGGAGAAGUUUCAGGGCCAGAGCGAUGGGGAUUGCGCCUGUGAAGAGAGGCCGAUUGAGGGCGUCGUCAUAGAGGGGACAUCUGUAAGCACUGCGCCCAGCAGCCCGCAGGCGAAGGAGCAGGAGUCACCACGAGUGGCGGUGGGACCUGUUCUGAUGGCGGCCCUCUCCAUACACUCCCUGCUGGAAGGUCUGAGUCUGGGAGCUGCCGGAGCGAAGGCUGCAUGGGGGCUCUUCCUAGCGAUCCUCUUCCACAAGGGCAUCACGGCCUUUGCGCUGGGAGUCGCUUGGUUAAGGUCACUCCCCGACUGGCGCAUCUUCCUUGUGGCUAUGUUCUGCUUUUCUGUAGCCACUCCCAUCGGAGUUCUUAUCGGUGAGAGUGUGGAAGGAAGCAAGGUGGGAGCUGUGCUGCAGGCCUUGGCUGCAGGAACUUUCCUUUACAUCGGACUGACAGAAACGGGCACCUUGUCAGAAGCGGGCCUCACAGCUCUCAUGGAGGAGGAUUUCGUUGAUAAAAACAAGGAGAUGGACGAAGCCGCCAAGGCUGCCUUAGAGCGUUUGGAUGGCAUCGUCGGAUUGAAGCCGGUGAAAGAGUUCGUCCGCUCCCUCUACGCCACGCUCCUCAUGGAGCAGCGGCGCCGGGAGAUGGGAAUGGAAGCGCCAGGCGGAAGUCCGACCUUGCAUAUGGUCUUCCAAGGCAACCCUGGCACGGGAAAGACUACGGUGGCUCGGGUCGUUGCAGACCUUCUCAAGGCGCUGGGUCUUUUAAGAACCGGACAUCUUGUCGAAGCAGAUCGGGCUGCGCUUGUCGCAGGCUUCAGCGGCCAGACGGCACUGAAGACCAAAGCCGUGGUCGAGUCGGCGCUGGGAGGCGUCCUCUUCAUCGAUGAGGCUUACGCCCUGGUUGGCGAAGACGGCCGCGACUCUUUUGGCCGGGAGGCCCUCGACACGCUGAUCAAGCUCGUGGAGGACUACCGACAGGAUCUGGUCGUGAUCCUGGCCGGAUACAGCUCGGAGAUGGCGCGGUUGAUCGAAGCCAACCCGGGCUUGCGUUCCCGGUUCCCCACGGUGAUCGAGUUCGAGGACUACACCUGCGAGGAGCUUCUAGAGAUCGCCACGGGGAUGCUCCUGCAGGACGUGAUGGUCCUAAACGAGCCGGCGGCCAGCGAGCGUCUUCGGGGCUUGUUGCAAAAGACGGUGCCCAAGCCCGGCAAGAAGACGGACCGGCAGGCGGGAAACGGACGCGCCGUCCGAAAUAUCCUGGAGCGUGCGAAGCGAAACCAGGCUUUGCGGCUGCAGAAGGAAGUUUCCACAGGUAAGAACCACAACCAGACG